AAGGCUUCUCCGGGGUGUCGCUCUUCUCUCCCGCGAGGCAAGAUGCUCAAGUCCAAGACGUUCCUAAAGAAGACCCGCGCCGGCGGCGUGAUGAAGAUCGUGCGCGAGCACUACCUGCGGGACGACAUCGGCUGCGGCGUCCCUGGAUGCGCGGCGUGCGGCGCGGCGCACGAGGGGCCGGUGCUGGAGCCGCGGCCCCGGGACCCGGCCAGCAGCCUCUGCCCGCAGCCGCACUACCUGCUGCCCGACACCAACGUGCUGCUGCACCAGAUUGUAAGUGCUUGGAGGCCGGGGACCCGGGCUUCUGUGGCCUCCAGCUUGCGACCCCCAGGCAGCUUAUUGAUGUCCUGGAGGACCCGGUCAUCCGCAACGUGAUUGUGCUGCAAACGGUCCUGCAAGAAGUGAGGAAUCGGAGUGCCCCGGUGUAUAAGCGAAUCCGAGAUGUGACCAGUAACCAAGAGAAGCACUUCUAUACCUUUACGAACGAGCACCACAGAGAAACCUACGUAGAGCAAGAGCAGGGAGAGAAUGCAAAUGACAGGAAUGACAGAGCGAUUCGAGUUGCAGCAAAAUGGUACAACGAACACUUAAAGAAAUUGUCAGCCGACAAUCAGCUACAAGUUAUCUUUAUAACCAAUGACAGGAAGAACAAAGAGAAAGCUGUAGAGGAAGGGAUACCAGCUUUCACUUGUGAAGAAUAUAUAAAAAGCUUAACUGCUAACCCUGAGCUCGUAGACCGUCUUGCUUGUCUGUCCGAUGAAGGGAAUGAAAUAGAAAGUGGGAAAAUAAUAUUUUCUGAACAUCUUCCGUUAAGUAAGCUACAACAAGGUAUAAAAUCUGGGCUUUACCUCCAAGGAACAUUUAGAGCCAGCAGGGAGAAUUACUUAGAAGCUACAGUGUGGAUUCAUGGAGACACUGAAGAAAAUAAAGAGAUAAUCUUGCAAGGACUUAAACAUUUAAACCGAGCUGUUCAUGAAGACGUUGUGGCUGUGGAGCUUUUGCCCAAGAGCCAGUGGGUGGCGCCGUCCUCUGUGGUUUUACAUGAUGAAGGUCAGAAUGAAGAUGAUAUGGAGAAAGAAGAGGAGAGAGAACGCAUGCUUAAGACUGCUGUCAGUGAAAAAAUGUUAAAGCCUACAGGUAGAGUUGUAGGAAUAAUAAAAAGGAAUUGGAGACCGUAUUGUGGUAUGCUUUCCAAGUCUGACAUUAAGGAGUCAAGAAGACAUCUCUUUACCCCUGCUGAUAAGAGAAUCCCUCGCAUUCGGAUAGAAACCAGACAGGCGUCUACAUUAGAAGGACGAAGAAUUAUUGUUGCUAUUGAUGGGUGGCCUAGAAAUUCCAGAUAUCCAAAUGGACACUUCGUAAAAAACUUAGGAGAUGUUGGCGAGAAAGAGACUGAAACAGAAGUCCUGCUGCUUGAACAUGACGUGCCCCAUCAGCCCUUCUCCCAGGCUGUGCUCAGCUUCCUGCCCAAAAUGCCUUGGAGCAUCACUGAAAAGGACAUGAAGCACCGGGAAGACCUGCGGCACCUGUGUGUGUGCAGCGUGGACCCCCCAGGCUGCACGGACAUCGACGACGCCCUGCACUGCCGAGAACUGGGAAAUGGAAACCUGGAGGUAGGGGUUCACAUUGCCGAUGUUAGCCAUUUUAUUAGACCAGGAAAUGCGUUAGAUCAAGAAUCUGCCAGAAGAGGAACAACUGUAUACCUUUGUGAAAAGAGAAUCGACAUGGUUCCAGAGUUGCUUAGCUCCAACUUAUGUUCCCUGAGAUGUGACGUUGACAGGCUGGCGUUUUCAUGUAUCUGGGAAAUGAACCAUAAUGCCGAAAUCUUAAAAACAAAGUUUACCAAAAGUGUCAUUAAUUCAAAGGCUUCUCUUACAUAUGCCGAGGCGCAGAUGAGAAUUGAUUCAGCAACCAUGAAUGAUGAUAUUACCACUAGUCUUCGUGGACUGAACAAACUAGCUAAAAUCCUGAAAAGAAGAAGAAUCGAAAAUGGGGCUUUGACUCUUUCUUCUCCAGAAGUUCGAUUCCACAUGGACAGUGAAACUCACGAUCCUAUAGAUCUACAGACCAAGGAGCUCAAAGAAACAAAUUCCAUGGUGGAGGAAUUUAUGUUACUUGCCAAUAUCUCUGUCGCAAAAAAAAUUCAUGAAGAAUUUUCUGAACAUGCUCUUCUUCGGAAGCAUCCUGCCCCACCCCCAUCGAAUUAUGAAAUCCUUGUUAAGGCAGCUAAAUCCAAGAAUUUGGAAAUCAACACCGAUACGGCCAAAUCUUUGGCUGACUCUUUGGACCGGGCUGAGUCUUCUGUCUUCCCCUAUCUAAACACCCUGCUAAGAAUAUUGGCCACUCGCUGCAUGAUGCAAGCUGUGUAUUUCUGUUCUGGAAUGGAUAAUGAUUUUCAUCACUAUGGCUUAGCAUCUCCAAUAUAUACACAUUUCACUUCUCCUAUCCGAAGAUACGCAGACAUCAUUGUCCAUCGGCUGUUGGCCGUGGCUAUUGGAGCUGACUGUACGUACCCAGAGCUGACAGACAAACACAAGCUUGCAGAUAUCUGUAAAAAUCUGAAUUUCCGGCACAAAAUGGCUCAGUAUGCCCAGCGUGCAUCAGUGGCUUUUCAUACCCAGUUAUUUUUCAAAAGCAAAGGAAUAGUAAGUGAAGAAGCCUAUAUUCUGUUUGUAAGAAAGAAUGCCAUCGUGGUGUUAAUUCCAAAGUAUGGUUUAGAAGGUACAGUGUUUUUUGAAGAAAAGGAUAAACCAAAGCCACGGCUUGUUUAUGACGAUGAGAUACCUUCACUCAAAGUAGAAGAUACAGUGUUCCAUGUAUUUGAUAAAGUUAAAGUGAGAAUCAUGUUAGAUGCAUCAAAUCUUCAACAUCAGAAAAUCCGAAUGGCCCUGGUAGAGCCUCAGAUACCAGGAGUCAGCGUUCCCAUGGAUAUUUCAAAUGUGGACUGUGAACCAGGGAGAAAGAAGAGGAAGCUUGAAAAAUAGCUACAUUCAAGAAAAACUGGUUUUCUUUUAAAAAAGAAAAAAAAAGUUGAGAGAACACUUCUAAGCCUAAGUGUGUGUGAUAAAGUAUUUUAAUUUUAGAAAUUUGCAUUUUUAUUGAACUGUUGACUGUCCUAUCAUACCACUUUGUUUCUAGAUUGAACAGAGCUAUUUAUGCAGAAAAAUUCAAUUGACUAUGCAUCACUUAAAUAGUGACAGGAGAAGCAACGUCAGGGAUCUGUACAGAACAUUCACAUGGAGUAUUCAUCUGCUCAUUGAGGAACAGAUUAAUUUUGCAUUACUUUAAUAUUGGUUAGGGGGAAAAGUCCUUUCUUAACAGGAAAACAGCACUUUGAGAAGGAACAGUCUUUUUAAAUCUUGAAGCCACAGUGCUUGAUACGUCGUCUUUGCCAUCUUUACCUUACCCUCUACUGUGUUAAAGUUUAGCCUCCUGGUUUUGAAUGAAUCUUUAGGAGCUAGCAGGAAACCAUAAUGGGAUAUUUCGAACUGAUUGGGAAAAUACUUGUUAUUAUUACCAGGUAAUAAGUGUGAUCAUUCCUCUUUGACUUUCAGCUCUAAUUUCUCCCUAAAAUAGGGAAUCUACAGGUAGUACAGUAAAUGUCUGCAUUUUUUUUUAAUUUGUAAAAAUGUAACGGGUUCCAUGUGUAUGGAUCAUAUAGGUGAGGGGGAAUUGUAUUAAGCACAUAAUAAAAGGAACACAUUAAAAUUAAAGUUUUAUAAUUUGGUGUGUCAGAUUGACUACUUCCCUUUAUUAAUAAUCAGGGAUUACUGAUGACCAAAUGUGGUUACAGCAUCUUGGGAACCUGUUUCAGUGGAAGGAAGAUAGCCUUGUUUGGAACUGUGGCUAACAUGCUCAGGCAAUAGUCUGCAAACCUUCUCUGCUUUGGCCUAGGGUCGUUGUUGCAGCUCUAGUCCUCAACUGUAGCUGCAGUGCAUUAAGCGGCCACACACAAUAUGUAGACAAGUGACCAUGCUAGCUCUUUCACUAUAGAUACAAUUUAGGUUUCAAAGAAUGUUCACAAAAUGUCAUACCUCUGAUUUCUUCCUUACCAGCCAGCAAAUUAAAGGUUCUUUGGCUAGAGGCCAGUUUACCUGCAGAAAGGGAAAAGGUGACUUCCUGACAGU